GGUGGAUGGGGACACAGAUACUGAAUGGGAUGGCACUGGAUGCAGGAAGAUACAUAGACGUGUGAAAGGACGCUUUUAGCAAGAUGGGACAACAGUAAAAAGCUGUAUUUGUCACUGGAGGAAAACAUUGAUUGGGUUCUUCUUUUGUAAUAUUACCUCUUAUCGAAUCCCAUUCUGGCUGGCCCUUUUUUUUUUUGCCCACGAAUUUGAAGGCGAAGCACAUUGCUGUGCUCUUGUAAAACGCGGUGAUGGAGCCAUGAGCAGAAUGCACCAGGUUUAACGGACAAAAAAUACACAGAAAAUACCUGUCUGGGAAAAACCGUAAAAAAUUGGUAAAUUUUUGCUCACUGUUUUUAUUUUCGCUCUGUUUUCUUUUAUAUUCUUCCUUUUAUCCGUAAGACAGCGUGUGUGUCUUAAUUUGCUAGUAUGGAGGAAUUUUGAUGUCACUGACCGAGGCGCCGAGUGAAUGAACGAAUGAAUGAAUGAAGGAACGAAGGAAGGAGCGAAGAAUAAUGGGCGAACGGUCCACUUAAACUUGGAAGUGGGACCCGAGCGGACCGUUGAGCAUUUUUCUCGCCCCGGGCGGGCAGGACAGCUACACGCGGCGCAGCUGGAGACAUCGUGGAGGAGAGAGAGCUUUGAGUGAGGUGUCCGUCCGUCCGUCCGUCCGUGUUUUCGGAAAGUGCACAGCAGCAGAGGGUGUUGUGACAGAACAGCGAGCAGUUCACACACAGUCCGUGUUCCGCACCCGCUGGGUAUUUAAAGGCCGUUGGAGACAAGACAUCAUCACAUCUGCCCUCCCCCUAACGACCCUCGUCCUUCUCUGCGACCAAACCGCGCGCUUGUGUGGAGGAGCCACUCUUUUUUUUUAAAAAACACCCCCCCAACCCCCACCCCCGAAAGACUGAGUGUGUUUUCGUUCUCAGUGCCGUAUUUCCUCCGGCGCCCGCCCGGUCCUGCACGAGAGCGGAGAAGUUGCGACUCGAAUGCGAUGCGCGCGCUGUGACACGCGUUGGGCUCGCGGAGCUGCUCUGAGGACCGCUGUGUGUCACGAGCUGCAGUGAGACACGCGAUGAUGUGUCUUCAGUGAGUGAUUCAAGAGGAGAGCCGAACCGGGAGAAGGAGCUCGUCGGAAGCCCGCCGCCACCAACACUCUCUGUCACUCGCUGCCCGCACACAGGGGACACACGGCACACAGCAAUAAAUAAAUAAAUCGGAGUGAGACGUUCGGCUUCGCUCGGCGACUCUCGCUGGACCAUCAUCAUCUCCAUCUCCAUCCACAGAGAGAGAGAGGAGCAAAAUGGGAGAGCAGCCGAUCUACAGCACCCGCGCGCACGUCUUCCAGAUCGACCCCAACACCAAAAAGAACUGGGUCCCCACCAGCAAGCACGCCGUCACUGUCUCCUACUUCUACGACAGCACGAGGAACGUCUACAGGAUCAUCAGUUUGGAUGGCUCCAAGGCAAUAAUCAACAGCACCAUCACCCCCAACAUGACUUUCACCAAGACGUCGCAGAAGUUCGGCCAGUGGGCGGACAGCCGGGCCAACACCGUGUACGGCCUGGGUUUCUCCUCCGAGAAUCAUCUGGUGAAGUUUGCCGAGAAGUUUGCCGAGUUCAAGGAGGCGGCCCGGCUGGCCAAGGAGAAGUCGCAGGAGAAGAUGGAACUGACCAGCACGCCGUCUCAGGAGUCGGCCACCGGGGACAUGCAGUCACCGCUCACCCCGGAGAGCAUCAACGGCACCGACGACGAGAGGACCACGCCGGAUGCCACUCCCAACUCCGAGCCCCGUGCCGAGCCUUCCCAGAAUGCACUGCCCUUCUCGCACAGUAGCUCUGCCAUCAACAAGCACUGGGAGGCGGAGCUGGCGGCACUGAAAGGAAACAACGCCAAGCUGACAGCUGCUCUCCUGGAGUCCACCGCCAAUGUCAAGCAGUGGAAGCAGCAGCUGGCGGCGUACCAGGAAGAGGCCGAGAGGCUACACAAACGGGUCACAGAACUGGAGUGCCUAAGCGGCCAGGCCAACGUGAUCAAAUCCCACAAGACGGAGCUCAACCAGACAAUAGAGGAACUGGAGUCCACUCUGAAAGCAAAGGAGGAGGAACUUGAGCGUUUGAAAGAGGAAGUAGACAACGCUAACCAGCUGCAAGCUCAGCGAGAUGCUCUCACAGAAAAACUGCAGGAGACAGAAACCAGGAACAAGGACCUGGAGAGCCAGCUGGCAGAGCUAGAGCAGCGGUUGGAGAGCAGCCAGCUGGAGCAGGAGGCCUUCCGCAGGAAUCUCAAGACCCUGCUGGAGAUCCUGGAUGGGAAGAUCUUCGAGCUGACAGAGCUGCGGGACAACCUGGCCAAGCUGAUCGAGGGCAGCUAAAGCCCCUCCUCUCUUCCCCACCUGUCUCCACAACUUCCCCAACCCCCUACCUCUGUCUGGGUGAAUAGCACACCAGCAACGUGCAGAAACACUCAGUAGUCAAAGUUAAGGUAGCCACCAGGGCGGGCUGUCUACCUUCAUUUCUCCUUCAUUUAUCCAGAGGACAAUUAUUUUUUCAAUACUAGCGGAACUUUUUUUUUUUUUUAAUUUUUCUUGUGUUGGGUUGUACACGAUAUUAAGAGAAUAUCAAGUGUAGUGUUUUUCUUUUUUCCUUCCAUUGCAAAGGAGUGGUAUGAUGUGUGUGCCAUGUGUCACCUAAGGGUGUUGACAGUUUUUUUUUAAAUUUUUUUUUUUAUUAUUUUUUAAAUCAGUCAGUUUAUUUACUAAGAACGUACUCCUCUCGAGUUCUUGGCAGUUGACAUGAUCAAGCCAAGGUAAGGCAGUUGACAAGGAGCACCUAGACAGCAUCACGUCCGUAUCUCUCUGGAAUUCUCAUCUCAAGCAGGGACCUGCAGCGGCAUCCCCCGCUGACCCUUGACAGUUAGCGACACGGUUGGGGUUGUACGUGUGGGGGGGGGGCGGUGCCGGUGGAGAACGAGAACCGGGGUCCUGGACUUCGUGCUGCGAGCUAGAACGUGCGCACCAUAUCCCUCAAGGAAACUGCCAAAAGGCACGCCAUUGGUUUAACGCAUGGCAUCGAGGUCAUGUGUCUUUACCGCGGGAAGCGACACGGAGGACUGCUAACAUUGAGCAAUACAAGAGGGAGGAGCUGCCAGUCACUGGAAUCCCACAAUCAGGUAUCCCAUUGCUCGCCUUCCCAAAGCGUACGGGACAGGGGUCCUUUCACACACACAGAAAGGGGCUUCUUAGUGCCGACUCAGUCCCAAGUGGCUAUAAAUACGUCUUUGAUUCCUAUGUACUUUUUUAAUGAAACUUUAUACUCUACUAUUGUAUGAAAGUUGUUGAAUUGAGAAAGAAAUGUGUUCUUUUCAAAGUGUGAUGGCAGGCUUCACUCCCUCCAUUUUCUCAUUAUUUCAAAUAAUAUUGUAAUCAUGAUUAUUGUUCUUCAAGAAUCAAAAGCAGUUUUAUUACUAGACCUCAAAUGUUUUUUCCUCUUAUUUUCUAUGUAAGUAUGGUUUGUGGGUAUUAUGAUUGUAUUAUUUAUAGGUGCAAAAACCUGGCAAUAUUUUUGAACUAUUUAAAAAACACUAAAUAAAGAAAUGUAAGAGAGCAACUUGAACUGAAUAUAGAUGAAAGAUUUUGUAGUGAUGUAAUGCAACUAAUUAUUAUAUGUUUGCCAAAUACAGUAUAGUUUCUUGUACAGUGAAUUUACUUAAGCUGCCUUUGGCACAAAGUUGCAUCAUGGGUAUCUUACCAUGGUACUGUUUGUUGGGUUUAUUAUUGCCAAAAAAUCUGUGAUCAUGUUAAAAAAAGAAAUCAUACAUGAAGAACAUCUAAGGGCUUGUAUUUGGGAUAGGUCGUUUUGAAGAGUACUGCUAAAAAUUAGCAUUAUACUUUCAGAUGUAAGCAUAAUCAUAAAACUUUGGAUGGGAGUAAUGUUUGAGUAAUAUUUUUACAUGUUGCCAAUACCACAUGCUUCAAACACAGGUGGUUUAAUUGUAUGCUGUAGUUCCACCCCAUCCCUGUAGGAUUUUUUUUUUUUUUUUUUUUUGCUAUUGUGCUUAUUCUCGAGCAGUUUCAGUGCCCUGGUUUGUUUCCUUGGCUUCAGGGAUGCUUUACUUCCAUUCAGGCAACACAAAAAAAAAAAAAAAAAAAAAAAAAAAAAAAAAAAAAAAAGCCUGGGCCAACUUCCACUUCUUUUCUAUUUACAGAGAGCAUAACACAGUGAGUUUGUUUUCACUAUUUGGUUCAGUCAAGGGAGUCCUGUGUGCUGAGGAGUCCAGCCUGGAUUUUUCCUUUUUUUUUUUUUUUUUUUUUUUUAAAAAAAAUACAGUGAUGGUAGACAAAGCUAAUUGUGUGGAGCCUUCAUUCACACACUGCAAAUUACACCUUUUAAAAUAUAUCAUUGUUGUACAUUCUCUCUCU